UCAAUGUUUUGUCUGUUCUCUUCUUUAUUGAAGUUUUCAUUCGUCUAUCAGACAUUUUGCUAUUGUUGAAUUGUAUUUAUUUUUGUUAAGUAAUUUAUUUUAUAUUCACACAAUGCCUCUAGUUGACAUAAAUAAUCCCCAAAUGAUAAAGUUCUUAGUUGAAACUUAUGAAAAAACAGCACGAUUGCGGAUGAGAUGGAACAUCCUUAAUGCUGAUAAGUUGAAUUCCGCUGCGAAUCUCGAUCGAGAAGAAAAGGGUUAUCGAGACGUAGAUGUUACCAAAGCGACCAUGGAACUAGGCUUAGCUGGAUUGCAAAGAGAUAAUAUAACGGACGCUAGGAACAAACGACUAAAGCACAAGAUAGACGGUAAAAUACCUGGCAUUGAGAGCCUACGAAAAGGACACUCUAUCGUCGACGUUGAGCUCGGUAAAGCUACAGAUGAUCCUAAACUAGCACGACCAGACACAGAUCUAUCAAUCGACCCGAUCAUGAGACCUGUGAAUCCAAAACAAAAGAAGAUAUUAUACAUGGGCCGUCCCUACUAUGGUCGUGAAGUUUAUUUGAAGAAGAGAUGUAAAGCACAGGCUCCUGAAGAUAGAUAUUACUUUGCUGAAACCAGUUCUUGGGUGUAUGGCUGGAGGAUGAAAGACAGUUAUCAGAAAUCAAGAGGGCCGCUACACGGGCGUGUGUGGCGCCUGGCUCGCGAAGUAAGCCGCACAGGACCUGCCCCGGAUCCAGCAUAUUACCAACAGCCUGGAAAGGAUCCCGGUAAAUGUUAACGUAUGGACAUUGAGUGAUUUUAUUCUUCAGUGUGAUUUGUUAUUUAUUUAUUGUCCUAACUUUUAUUUGUUAAUCGUAUUACAUAAUUAUUUCUAUUA